AUGAGCGACCUCGAUAAGGCGAUCGCUCAACUCCGAGCAUGUCGUCCGAUACCCGAGGCGCAAGUAAGAGAGCUUUGUCACAAGGCUCGAGAGCUCUUAAUCGAAGAGGGUAAUGUUGUAACAGUCACUGCGCCAGUAACAAUAUGUGGCGAUAUUCAUGGACAGUUUCACGACUUAAUGGAGCUCUUCCGAGUUGGUGGCGAUCCGCCUGACACCAACUACCUUUUCAUGGGCGACUUCGUUGAUCGCGGCUUUUACUCGCUAGAAUCCUUUCUCCUUCUCCUAUGCCUUAAAGUCCGCUAUCCCGAUCGUAUGACCCUUAUUAGAGGUAACCACGAAUCUCGACAAAUAACGACAGUUUACGGCUUCUACGACGAAUGCCUUCGAAAGUAUGGCAGCGCUAAUGUGUGGAGAUAUUGCUGCGACGUUUUCGAUUACCUCGCUCUCGGAGCUAUUGUUCUUAACGCCUCGAAUACUUUGUCACCACCUAACGAUAUGACACCGAGCGAGGAGUAUACAGAGCAAGAUAUUGAGAUCGAAGUUUGUAAUGCGGACGGAGAUAUCAUGAGUCGCUUUAUGAGACGAAACAGUGAUCAGUCAACGGACCGCGAACGAAAGAGCCCCAACGGGACACAGAGCAAGACCGGUCCUCCCGGGUCGGGCGCAUCGGGUAGUAGUGGAGGUACCAUCGGCAAUCCGACAGGCGCUGUAUUAUGUGUGCAUGGCGGUCUAUCACCACUUAUUGAUACGGUAGAUAAGAUUCGACUAUUGGAUCGAAAGCAAGAAGUCCCCCACGAAGGCGCCAUGUGUGACCUCCUAUGGUCCGACCCAGAUGAGAUUGAUGGCUGGGGUUUAUCACCACGAGGUGCCGGGUUCCUCUUCGGCGCGGACAUCGUCAAGGUCUUCAACCAUAAGAACGACCUUUCCCUCAUUGCACGUGCACACCAACUUGUGAUGGAAGGCUUCAAGGAAAUGUUUGAUGCGAGUAUUGUUACCGUCUGGUCCGCUCCUAACUACUGUUAUCGAUGCGGCAACGUCGCAGCCGUCUUGGAGUUGUCCGAGGACCCUACCGGCGAGAGCUUCUUUGCGCGCAGUAACGGCGAUGUAGGUCGGAGCGACGGCGGCGUUGGUGGAAUGGAAGGCGUCAUGAUGGAGAGUGACAAGAGACUUAAGAACGGCCCUGCCAGGAGAUAUCGUGUCUUCCAGGCAGCGCCGCAAGACUCAAGGGGAAUGCCAGCCAAAAAGCCAGUGGCAGAUUAUUUCCUAUAG